AGAGAGGUAGGCAGCAUCCGCGGAGCAAGACGCGGCCGCUGGUCUGGCGUCCCUGCUGCAGAUGCCACGUCAGGAAACAUCCUCCCCGUCAACUGGUUGCUGUCGUGCGCUGUCGACGCAUGCCGGCCCAAAACAUCGCACCAAGGCUCCUCUCCCACCGCCUUGUGCCCGUUCGUCAGUAGCAUCCGGCGCUUGUUCGAGAAUCCGACGAAACGGAGGCCUCAUGUAGUGCACAGUCAGCACCGCAGCCAUGUCAAGCUCGCAAGCCGCCAAUCGCUAUGUUCGCCAGCACCUGCAUUUCCAAGAGCCGCCUCCGCCUGUCAAAGCCCGCUUCUUCUAUACCAGCUCCAUCCCGAUUGACGACCCUCUGAGCCCGCUCCCUCCUCCCACGUCCUCCACGACUGCCGCCUCCCGGCAACCUCCCAAGCCCUUCUCCGAGUACGACAACGAUGCACUCGAUCGAGCAUGGACGGACCUGCGAAAGAAGAUACUCGUCUAUAAUGAAGAGCGCGGGGAGAAAAUUGGUUCUCAAGAGGGCAGUCAGGUGAGGCCUCGGAAGGGAUCGAAUGCUUCAGGCAGCCAGCGACGAGGUUCCGGAUCACGACCAGCAGAAAUACUACGAGCCAAAGCUGGAGCUCAUGUGCCGUCAGGUCUGAGCCAUGUCGAAGGAGCAGGCGAUGAAGGGCCGUCGAGUGUGCCCGACUCCACCCACAGUGCUACAGAACUGGCGAGCAGCCUCGAAUCGAACACGACAGGGACGCCGUUCGCCCGCGCGCCUUCCAGGAAGAAGGUCGACACUCUGCGCAAGUCCGAGGAUAGGCCCUCGAGGCCGGUAGCACAGCACCAUGAUACCUACAAGUGGGACGAUCGAGCACCACUUGCGGAGCGUAGCGCAGCACCCUCGCCUCGGCCUCCUCAACAACGGCCACCUCACACGAAAGUUGCAGUGGGUGUAUCGCGACUGCAUCAGGUCGAGAUGCCGGAGCUGCAGAUGACGCCGAUCUACUGGACGCCUGUCCAUGACACUGCACAAGUGGUGCGAGGAACAUGGUUCUACCAAGAUACAAUGCUGCCGGUGGAAACUCCCGUGGCAAACAUGCUCGAAGCCGGCUACCUCGAUCUGCAGUGCUGGACAGAGACAUGGAAAGACGAGUUGAACAGUGCAGUAGAGGUCGGAGCUGUGGGCGAGAUGAAGAUCAUACACAAAUUGUGGCCCGAGCAAAAGACCAAGGUCAAGCACAGUAGGGCACCCUCGAUCAGAAGCACCCAGGAUGCGAGUGUGCUGGAGACUGCUGCAAGCAUCCUGUACUCUUCUCAGGCAGAGUCUGCGGAACAGCACCGAGCGAAAGCCGUUGAAGCUGCCUGUGACGUGAUCGAUGCGGCCACUGGAGAUGUCGCGGACAACAAGGCAUACGGCGAAAGCACAUACGGCCGUGCAAGAGCAGGCGCAGUGCGGCAAUAUGCUACGUGUGGUGUCCUCUAUGCAAAUGAGAGGGAAGCAAAGAUCUUGAGACCUACUCUACUGCCUUCUGCCUACUACGGACGACGUCCUCUCGCCAAUUACGUUCGCAAAGGGCAUGCCAUUGGUAUCCCUGUUGUGCGCGGUUUCGAUCAGCAAGUAUGGGACAAGCUUCAUCCGCCGAAGCAAGGAAGUAAGGCGACGAAGGCGGCUCAUGGAGUGUCAACGUCUGGUGCAAGCGCAAAUGUGCGAUCCAAAUUGGAUCCUGAUCUCGCCGCCAGUGAUCGACCAAAAGUCACGGACUUGGUCUUCGUCAUUCACGGCAUUGGGCAGAAGCUGAGCCAACGUAUGGAAAGCUUUCACUUCACGCACGCUAUCAACGCCUUUCGAAGAGAGAUGCAAGUCGAAUGCGGCAACAAAGAAGUGAAGACACAUUUUCGAAAAGACAUGGGCGGAAUCAUGGUGCUACCCAUCAAUUGGCGGCAUUCUUUAUCCUUUGAAGAGGGGGGAUACAGGCCCGAGGACGGCUCGGAAGACACGACAGCAAAAGAUCCUUCAGUGAACGAGUUCACUCUGCAAGACAUCACCCCUGAUACACUUCCUUCUGUACGUGGCAUCGUUUCAGAUGUCAUGCUGGACAUUCCCUACUAUAUGUCGCAUCAUCAGCCCAAGAUGAUUGCAGCGGUAAUCAAAGAAGCAAACCAUGUCUACAAACUCUGGUGUCAGAACAAUCCUGGCUUCGCCAAGCAUGGCAGAGUCCACAUCAUUGCGCAUUCACUGGGCAGUGUAAUGUCGAUCGACAUUCUUUCCAAGCAACCGACUGUGGUGCCGGAACAUCUCAGCGACCCUACCGUAUUCGACAACGAGAAAGAGGAGAUUGACCACUUUCUUUUCAACACAUCAUCUCUAUUUCUCGCAGGAAGCCCAGCUGGCUUUUUUGUCCUGCUUCGGCGCUCACAACUACGCCCGCGCAUCGACAGUCCAUCUGCGCAGGCACAAGCUGAUCCAGAGAGCAACGUGGGGGCCAUUUGUGGCGAACGCGGCCAGUACGGGUGCAUCGCCGUCGACAAUAUCUACAAUAUAAUCAACGGCUACGACCCCGUCGCAUACCGGAUGAAUGCAGCAGUAGACUCGGACUAUUCGGCCAGCUUACGAAAAGCCUUCAUUCCUAGCAACACACCUUCCUACUGGUUCCCACCCGGCACCUCCAACACCAAGCGCUGGUUUGGAGGCGGCUAUGGCUAUCCUACGACCGCUCCUGGCGACGCCGCGUCACGGAACAUACCUGUACUGCCUCGUCUUCCCAGUAAUGUCGAGCUGGAGGUGCAUAAUUUCACAAGGGAAGAGAUUGCAGAGAAGAGGAUGACGCUGCUGAACGACAAUGGACAAAUCGAUUAUUUUGUCAAAUACGGUGGCGGCACAUUUGAGAUCCAGUACUUGACUAUGCUUGGCGCGCACAGUGCAUACUGGGGUCUGAGGGAUUUCAUUCGCAUGGUAGUGGUAGAGGUGGGGAGGAAGAGAGGGAAGGAUGGAACACUGCCGGGUCUGAGGGCCAUGAAGAAGAAAGUGCAAGGCGUCAAGUAGAGUGUUGUUUGCGGGGCAUAGAGGCGUCUGGCAACAUGUAUAGAAUGAUACCC